GGAAGUGGGUCCAGUUGUGAAGUAACAGUGGACUCAGUGGACAGCAUGAGCAGAAAAGAAGAAGAAAUAUCGCGUUUUAUGGAUUUAUGAAACGUUUGCUUUCUCUUUUAACGCCUCGACGUGACGCUGAAAUAUCAGACUAGUCGUAUUUUAUCACUGGUGGCCCAGCAGGGCUGCAGUUAGCUGCUGAUGAUGACGAAGGUGUUUCGCAGUCCGGCCCGUCACGGCUACGCUGUGGAAGUGUCUCCAUUCAUCCCCAACAGAGUGGCCUGCACUGCCUCCCAGUACUAUGGAAUAGCUGGUUGUGGCACACUGUUGGUCCUGGAUGAGACAGAGACUGGGGUUGCUUUAGUGAGAAGCUGGGAGUGGAGUGACGGUCUGUUCGAUGUGACGUGGAGCGAAGCUAAUGAACAUGUCCUGGUGGCCGGCGGAGGAGACGGCAGCCUGCAGCUGUGGGACACAAACAAUCCGAGCGCCCCGCUAAGGGUGGCCAAAGAACACACACAGGAGGUGUACGCUGUGGACUGGAGUCAGACCAGAGGGGAGAACCUCAUCGUCUCUGGAUCGUGGGAUCAAACUGCUAAAGUGUGGGAUCCUGCUCUCAGCCGAUCACUGACGACACUCAGAGGUCAUGAAGGGGUCAUCUACAGCACCAUCUGGUCUCCCCACAUCCCAGGAUGCUUUGCGUCUGCCUCAGGUGACGGGACACUCAGAGUUUGGGAUGUGAAAGGCGCAGUGUGUCGAUUGGCCAUCCCGGCACACAAGGCUGAGAUCCUCAGCUGUGAUUGGUGCAAAUAUGACCAGAAUGUUGUGGCCACAGGCUCUGUAGACAGCACAGUGUGUGUGUGGGACCUGAGGAACGUCCGACAGCCUGUCAAUCAAAUGCCUGGACACACCUACGCCAUCCGUAGAGUCAAGUUCUCUCCGUUCAGUAAGACGAUAUUGGCGUCCUGCUCGUAUGACUUCACUGUCAGGUUUUGGGAUUACAGCAGAAACCAGCCUCUCCUGGACACUGUGGAACAUCAUUCAGAGUUUGUCUGUGGAUUAGACUUCAACCUGCAUAUCCCCAACCAGGUGGUUGACUGUUCCUGGGAUGAGACGGUGAAGAUCUACACACCUGCCUGCCUGUCUGCUGCAGCACACAGUACAACACCUUAAGACACACAAAUUUGCACUGCUGUACUUCAGAGGACAUUGUAUUUAAUGAGUGUACCAUACCUGGUACCUACCUAACCCCUGCGCUUACCAUUACAUUUGAUAAUGACAUCAUUCUAUUUCUCGCCGGAAAAUUUAAACCAAGUCUUGGAAAACCUUGGUAGCUGGACAGUUAUGGCUCAUGAUAGGGAUGUCAUGAGAACCAGCACUAAUAAAUGGCAACA